GAAUUCUGUUUCCGAUGGGGGAUUGUGAUCUGGGUCCGGCAGCAUCUCAUCUCCCUCCGUCAAUCGCACUGCAGCGUGGUUCUGGUCAACGUACGAUAGCGAAGCAAAAAACAUGUCCGAAAGCUGAUCGAGACAGAUCUGCAACUGCGUGAGUCUGUCGGUCAUGGUAAAUAAAUAAUUAUUUUAUUAUUUUAAUACAAAUUAUUAUUUUUCGCUUAUUUACCGGCUAUGGACUUUUACUCCAAUUUGGACUCCCGCUCCUUGGACAGAAACACCCCAACUCUGUUUGAGGUGAUCAGCGCCAAGGAGCUGGAAAACCUGCUUUCUCCAAGUAUCCGGUUUGUUCUGGUCCACUACGCCAAUAGAUACCCCCGCUAUCUUAUCAGGAUCCUAAACCACUUCGAUGAACUGAAUCUUGCAAUCAGAGGACUGGUGGAGUACUCCUUUCUGCGCAAUUGGAACUCUACAUUUAUUGAGAAGUUUUACGGGCUCAAACGGUGCAAUCACCUGGACCUAACACUCGAAACCACGGCUGCGGGGCAGCUGACUAAAUACGAAACUUUGAAACGGCUCACACGGAGCCAGGUGGGUGUCUCGCUCGCUGAGGUUGUUUUGGUCCCGUUCUUGAAGGAGAAGCUUGAUCAGCUCUACGACAGCUUGUUGCCAGAAUAUCUCAUGCAGAGACUGAAACCUGACGAGAGCAAGAAGGAUCUGGCCAAAUACUGGUUUCUCAAGCUAUAUCCUGCGAUAUCAACGGUAUUAAAGUUGGCCAACAUCGUGUUCAAAGUGUUGUAUUUAUCGGGCAAGUUCAAGUCCGCAAGUGUGCUCCAAUACCUGUUCAAAAUCCAGUACUCCAGGCUCAACCAGUUCGACUACAAGCUGGCAGAGGACCGUACAGCGGCAUACCUCCAAGGCGUGUCCACAGAGCCCAAAUCCAGUCGCAUAAGGCCGAUCUCGCUCUCAGAAUCGGUGGUUGCCGCUUACUCGCAAGUGGCAUAUCCGCUUAAAAAGUCGCUGCUCUUUGGCUCAGAGUCUGUUCUCCCCGUGUCGAUUUUCCUGCUCAAAUUCCUCGAGUGGUGGAACACGUCUGACGUGAAAAAAAAUUUCAAGACGCACACCGUCACCGAAAGAACGCCACAGGUGCCGCCGCUGCUGAACAGCAAGGUUGCCGCUUUGCGCAAGAUGCGCAGCAGAAUGGUGACGAAAUCGCCAAAUUGUCCGCUCUGCCUGGAGGAAAUCCACAACCCGGCAGUGAUCGAGACGGGUUACGUUUUCUGCUACAAAUGCAUCUACACGUUUCUGCGCGAGGGCGACGAAAAUGGCGGCAAGUGCCCGAUAACGGGCAAACGUCUGGUUGGUUGCAAAUACAGCCAGUCGGCAAAAGAGUGGAAGGUGACCAACAUACGAAGAUUAAUGAUAUAAUUAAUGAUUUAGUGUACGUACUAAUUAUUCACGUUAUUCACUCUCGCUGUCGUCUAUGCUUUCCCAUUCAACAUAAUGCUCCUCAACAAGCUCUUUAGAGCGUUUGAGAAUAAGCGGGUCGAACGGGAAGUAAGCUUCGAGGUCGAGGAAUUC